GCGAUUCUGUGGUUGGUGAAGGUAAAGACAAAUUGUUCUUGAAAAAUCAAAGUCAGGCGUAGCAGAACUGCGUUUUCCUGCUCUUUCUUGCUACAGGCUAGAGCAUCAAUUCCUUCCCCAAAGAAAAGCAGAAGAUGCAUUCCAGUAAUUUGCGUCUGGAGGAGCCGAUAAGGAUGGCUUCAAUCCUCGAACCUUCUAAACCGAAUUUCUUUCCUGCUAUGACAAAGAUUGUUGGCACGCUAGGUCCAAAAUCGCGAACGGUCGAGAUAAUUUCCGGUUGCCUCAAUGCUGGAAUGUCUGUGGCAAGGUUUGAUUUCUCAUGGGGUGACACCGAAUUUCACCAAGAGACAUUGGACAAUCUGAAGAAAGCUAUUAAGAGCAUGAAGAAACUCUGUGCGGUUAUGCUGGACACAGUUGGUCCAGAAUUGCAAGUUGUUAAUAAAUCAGAGCACCCCAUUUCACUUCAGGCAGAUACAAUGGUUGUCCUGACACCAGAUCAAGAUAAAGAAGCCAGUUCAAAUUUGUUACCAAUAAAUUUCCAUGGGCUGUCAAAGGCAGUGAAGAAGGGAGAUACUAUUUUUAUUGGCCAAUACCUGUUUACAGGAAAUGAGACUACUUCUGUGUGGUUAGAGGUUGAUGAAGUGAAAGGUGAAGAUGUUGUUUGUAUGAUUAAGAAUUCUGCUACCUUGUCUGGGCAGUUGUAUACUUUUCAUGUCUCUCAAAUCCAUAUUGACCUGCCUACACUCACUGAUAAAGAUAAGGAGGUGAUAAGAACAUGGGGUGUUCGAAACAGUAUUGAUAUCCUUUCUUUAUCAUAUACUCGUCAUGCAGAAGACAUUCGCCAUGCCCGUGAUUAUCUUUCUAAAUUGGAUGGGCUUGAUCAAACUCAAAUUUUUGCAAAAAUUGAAAAUAUCGAGGGUUUAAAACAUUUUGAUGAAAUCUUGCAAGAAGCAGAUGGAGUCAUCCUCUCUCGUGGAACUUUGGGGAUAGAUCUCCCAUCAGAAAAGGUGUUUUUAUUUCAAAAGGCUGCUAUUUAUAAGUGCAAUGUGGCUGGGAAGCCUGUAGUGGUUACUCGUGUUGUGGACAGUAUGGCAGACAACCUGAGACCUACUCGUGCUGAAGCAACUGAUGUUGCAAAUGCAGUGCUGGAUGGGUGUGAUGCAAUUCUUCUAGGUGCAGAGACCCUGCGGGGAUUUUACCCGGUUGAGAGUAUUUCUACUGUUGGAAGAAUUUGUUCUGAAGCAGAGAAAGUAUUUAAUCAAGAUCUAUAUUUCAAGAAAACAAGCAAACAUGUCGGCGAAGAAAUUUCUCACCUGGAAUCUAUUGCUUCUUCUGCGGUACGUGCAGCCAUCGUGGUUAAAGCCUCUGUGAUUAUUUGCUUCACUUCAUCUGGAAGAGCUGCAAGGUUGAUUGCUAAGUACAGACCAACCAUGCCCAUUCUAUCUGUUGUCAUCCCUCAGCUUAAGACAAAUCAAUUGCGAUGGACUUUCACCGGUGCUUUUGAGGCAAGGCAAUCCCUCAUUGUGAAAGGAAUUUUUCCCAUACUUGCAGAUCCUCGACAUCCUACAGAGUCUGCAAACACAGAUGAAUCGGUUUUGAAAGUAGCUCUGGAUCAUGGCAAAGCCUUGGGUGUUAUAAACCCACACGACCGGGUUGUGGUUUUUCAGAAAGUUGGUGAUUCAUCAGUGGUGAAGAUCGUUGAGCUUGAUAAAUAGUUACAUGUAAUUUUGAGAAUGCUUUGGCUUUGAGAUGUAGCAGAUCCUCUGCUUAACAAGUUUCUCUUCUUCAUUUGUUGUAAAAUAAAGAAUAGAUUGUCAAGACUUUAUGUUGAAUUUCCUUUUAUACAUGUAUGAGACAGCUAUAUUAUAUCAAGUUUCUCUGACUAAAAGAUGAAUAUAUUGGGCUGAGGUGCCAAACCUCGGACUGCUACAGUAAUUUCUUUAUGACCGAAGUGAAAAAUGAAUCUGAAGCUUCCCGCUCAAAUAGCUGCAUGAUAAUGACAGUAAGCAUGUCCACACCUGAUUCCUUAUGAUGAGCGGCACAGCAGGAACGGUAGACACCUGUGCAUCUGAAUACCUCUCAAAUUCUCGGUCCCGGAAUAAUCGUCUGGAUAGACA